AAAAAUUAUUGAUUUCUUAGUUUAUGUUAUAAUUGUUUGAUACAAUUAAUUUUUAUUAAAAAAGGAGUUGAAUUUAAUAUUUUUAAAAUGUACAAUUUUAAGGGCAGAUUUGGGUUCAUUAUUGUUCAUAGAGGAAGGAAUGUCCCUAUCCUCUCAGUUUUAAAAGCUAAACACAGUCUACUUCAUAGGAGUAACAAGAACUAUAGUAAUUUUUCCAAACAUCCUAAACUUUUACAAGGAUCUAAAGUUAUACAUGUCCACAGACGGGGAUUUGGAAUGUUUGUUGCUAGGUUUCUGAAAGGAGCUUUGAAACUUCGUUAUCUUGUAUUGGGAGGAGCUGUAGGUGGUGGCAUGACAUUACAAAACAAAUAUCAAGCUUGGAAAGAUUCGCUUCCUGAUAUGUCAUGGUUGGACACAUACUUACCUUCAACAAAAACAGUUGACUCUUUUAGGGAAUCAAUGAUUUCACUCACUGAGCGUGUAAAAGAUAUUGAAAUAGAUCCUAAGCUAAUGUCUGUAGGAGAAACAAAGUGGCGUGACUUGCAAGAAUGGCUUAAUAAACGGAUUGAUGAAGCAUAUGAAGCAGCUAAGCAAAGUGAAAUAGAGAGUUAUCAGAAACUGUUUUUGGAGUCUUUUGAAAAUAUUAUUAAAGGAGCUUCAAAUCAGACACAAGUGAAAGCAUUGUCUUUUGGACAAGAACGUGCACAACCUCAUGCACCAAAAGAAAACACUGCAGAUAAAAGGAUUGAUGCACUACAACAAGAACUGAUGGACGUGCAACUGAGAUAUCAACGAGAAAUUGAACGACUAGAAAGAGACAAUAAAGAGCUUAAAAAGCAAAUACUUCUAAAUAAACAUUCUCGGUCAAAGAAUAAACAAAUUAAGAAAUCAUUAAUAGAUAUGUACUCUGAAGUUCUGGAUGAACUUUCUGACUACGACUCUUCUUACUCAAUUCAAGACCAACUACCAAGAGUAGUAGUUGUUGGUGACCAAUCAUCUGGAAAAACAUCUGUUCUAGAAAUGAUCGCUCAAGCUAGGAUAUUUCCAAGAGGAGCUGGUGAAAUGAUGACUCGAGCUCCCGUGAAAGUAACUCUUAGUGAAGGACCUUACCAUGUUGCACAGUUUAAAGACAGCGAUAGAGAGUUUGAUCUGUCAAAAGAAGAAGAUUUAUCAAAACUGAGGCUAGAGGUUGAAUUAAGGAUGAAGAGAAGCCUUGGCAGAGGUAAGAGUGUUAGUAAUGAAGUAAUAUCAAUGACCGUGAAGGGACCAGGUUUGCAGAGAAUGGUUCUUGUUGAUCUUCCAGGGAUAAUCAGUACUGUAACGAAAGAAAUGGCAGAAGAUACUAGAGAAGCAAUAAGACGCAUGACCCAAAUCCAUAUGUCUAACCCAAAUGCUAUUAUUCUAUGUGUACAAGAUGGUUCUGUGGAUGCUGAACGCUCAAAUGUAACUGAUUUGGUUGCGGGCAUUGAUCCCUCAGGGAAAAGAACAAUAUUUGUUCUUACUAAAGUUGACAUGGCAGAAGAAAGUUUAGCUGAUCCUCAAAGGAUUAAUAAGAUUUUAUCUGGAAAACUGUUUCCAAUGAAAGCUCUAGGAUACUUUGGCGUUGUAACUGGUAGAGGAAGAAAAGAAGAUGCUAUAAAUGAUAUUAAACAGUAUGAGGAAAAUUUUUUUAGGACAUCCAAGCUCUUUAGAGACAGCAUGUUAUCUUCAACCCAGUUAACAACUAGGAACUUGAGUAUGGCCGUGUCUGAAUGUUUUUGGAAGAUGGUGAGAGAAACAGUUGAACAACAAGCAGAUGCUUUUAAAGCAACUAGAUUCAAUCUUGAAACUGAGUGGAAAAAUACAUUUCCAAGACUGAGAGAAUUGGAUCGAGAUGAACUUUUUGAAAAAGCGAGAAGUGAAAUUCUUGAUGAAGUAAUAAAUCUUAGCCAGGUAUCUGUGAAAGAAUGGGACUCUCUCCUUCUAGAUAAACUUUGGCACAAGGUCAGCCAUCAUGUACUUGAAAAUAUAUAUCUCCCGGCUGCUCAGACCUGUAACUCAAGAAGCUUUAAUACUACUGUUGAUAUACGCUUGAAGGAAUGGGCUGAGUCUCAGUUGGCAGAUAAGAGUAUUGAAGCAGGUUCUGAAGCCUUAAAGACUGAAUUUUCUCAUUUCAUUGACAAGUCUAUGGCAAAUAAAGAAAGUGACAAACUUUUUGAUACUCUUAAACGUGCUGUUUUGGAAGAAGCUUUGAAAAGACAUUCAUGGGAGGAAAAGGGGAAUGAAGUAUUAAGAAUGCUGCAACUGACUGCAUUAGAAGACAGAUGUGUGAAUGACAAACAUCAGUGGGAUUCAGCUGUUAAAUUUUUAGAAAAAUCCCUCAAGGAAAGAUUAGAGCUCGUACAAAAGCAACUUUCUGAAAUGUUUGGUCCAGGUACUUGGGAAAAGUGGGUAUAUUGGAAAUCAACUACUUCUGAUCAAAAACAAAGAAAUAUGGUAAAAUCAGAACUUGAAAAGCUCCUUUAUUCAGACUUUAAUCAUGGUCCAACAUUAACUCCUGAUGAAAUGACCACAAUUCGGAAAAAUAUUCAACGUUCAUCAAGAAUAGAUAUUAGCAAUGACUUCAUACGAGACACUUGGGCACCAAUUUAUCGGAAUCAUUUCCUUAAUGCACGCCUUGGAAAGGCUUAUGAGUGUAGAAAGGCAUUUUACCUCUAUCAUCAAGGACUUGAAGAAUUGGAGUGUAAUGAUGUUGUUUUGUUCUGGAGAAUGGAACAGAUGCUUAAAGUUACAGCAACUGCUUUAAGGCAACAAGUCAUGAACAGAGAAGCUAGGAGAUUAGAUAAAAUUAUUAAAGAAGUUCUUGAAGAUUAUAGUCAAGAUCAGGAGAAAAAAAUAUCCUUACUUACCGGCAGACGGGUGACACUAGCAGAAGAAUUAAAGAGAGUUCGACAAAUACAAGAUAAAUUAGAAGAAUUCAUCCAAGCUUUAAACAAAGAAAAAUAGCCAUUUUAGACAUUUUAGUUGUCGUAUCUUAUAUAAAUUAUUACAUGUAGAAAAACACUCCUUUGUAUAAUUGUAAAUAUAUUUUUAUUAUUAUGAUGUAGAAUAUGUGGUACAUUGUUAUUUAUUCUAUAAUUUCAUAUUGAUGAUAUAAAAAUUAUAAUUUUUGUUACCAAUUUUAUUUACUCCAGUUCCUUGAUCCAGUAAGCCUGUGCUUCUUGCUGGUCAUACUGUUCUUUAGAAUGUCAUAGAUACAAUGACACUAACUAAUAAAUUUUUGUUUUGAUCAAUCCUCUUUUUGAUAAAUUAUUUAUUGUUGCCUUGUUUUUCUUUUUUUAUUAUUAUUCAUUCAAGCUUGAGUAAGGUAAUAUUUAAUAUUC